CUUGUAGUGCCGUACCUCCUGAGUGAGGAUCGCUAUUGACAACUAAGGAAAAAUGUUUAUUUACUGUUUAUCAUGAAGUUUGCGCUCUCCACAAGUGUCUCAGUGGUCAAUGAUCCAACACAGAGUUGAAAUGGGAACCUUAGAGCUGGUGAAUGAGUAAGAGAAAGCUGAAUAAGCCUUGUAGUGGGAUAAUAUCGGCGUGUUUGGCAGGCGGAGGGGAUGGCCGAGCAGCAGCAGCAGGGAGGAGGGCAGCCCAGGCCAGGGACUCUAAGCAUGUCAGGGGCUGUUCCAGGUCGGCGAAGCAACCUCCGCUUGGCGUUUCCAGGUCAGGGAAGAUCCAAUAAUGACCGUCCACAGAACAACCUUGACUUCCCUGCCUCCGGAUACCCUGCGACACAGAUGUUUGCACCUCCACCACCACCACCUCCACCUCCGCCCAGAAACACUGCACUGAACUCAUCUGGUCGGCUGGGCGGUGCCUCUGGUUGCACCUCUUCUGCUUUCGGUAGCUGCUCCACCUCUGCUGCGUCCACUAGUAGCACCGGUACCUCAGUCACAGCCUCUCCAAACUCCCUCUCCUUGGGCAGCGUGGGGCCCCCUGGAGGCCAGCCAAACCUCCGUGAUCAGAAAAAGAAGCACUUGGUCCUGCACUUGCCUCCCCCACACAACCACCACCAUCACCACAACCACCACUCGCACGCUCAGCACCACCACCACCACCACCAUCACCACCACCAUCGCCAUGUCCUCCACCAUGAGGGCUUGAGGGACCGCGGGCACAAGAGUGGCAUUGUGCAUUGUGGUCCAAGAAUACCAUUAGACUUAACAAGUGUGGAAGUUUUUAUAUGUGUUGCAGACUUUGUUGUGCUGUUUAUACUGUGCGAAUUGGAGCUUGCUGUCAUCAUACCCUCAGACAUGAACUGCCAUAAGGGAUACGAUGCCAAAAAUACAGUCAGUGGGUUAUGUAAGUGGCCAAUAUCCUGGGAGUGCUGCAUGGAGGCCGGGUGUGCCCAGACACCCAUGAGCGCACCCAGGAAUAUGAUGCUGACCAUGGAAGAGGGGUCCUCCCUAGAGCCGGCACUCUUCCAGUCACAGCUUAUGCACCUCACAUUCAUUAUUCGUUUAUUGAUGAGAUUAAUGCAAAAGCCCCCUUUUAAGUGCCAAAUGAGUCUAAUCACACUCCAAGAGGAUCGUAAUAUCACCCAGAUCAUAGGGGUUAAUAUCAAAAUACAGCAGUAUGAGUAUGGAAAACUGCUUCAGAUUGCAAUAGAAAUAAGUUCAAUUCCAUUAAAACAUGAAUUGUACUUUGUGGGAUACAGGGAAUUUAAAGAAUUCCUUGCAGUGAACUUUGAUGCUAGGACCAUGACGACAGUUCCACCCCAGCCAAGUCAGACAGUUUACCUUAGUUCUAAGUAUUGUAAUGUAAGCUUGUCAUAUUUCCACAUUAUUGACCCACUGCCUCCGGGUCAACACACAUAUAUGGCUUCCCAAGUGCUCAGCCACCAAGGAGUCAUGUUACCAGCUGUAUGUGAACACUCUUCACAAACUAAACUCACAGUGGACUUGGCAUGUACUUUCAUGCCAUUCUUGUUAGCAGCAGGUUUAUUCCUAGAUGAAUGUUUCUGUACAUGUUCAGUUCUCACUGUCAGUGGCUGCAUUAUGUUGUAUAAAUUCUUUGGUGAAGCAUGGAUUUACAGACAAGUUGAGUUCACAGCGGACGACCUUCGUGAUUUAGGGGAGAUUGGAAGAGGAGGUUUUGGCACUGUCAAUAAAAUGGUGCAUCGUAAGAGUAACACAAUCAUGGCUGUUAAGCGAAUUCGUUCAACAGUUGAUGAGAAAGAACAGAAGCAACUCUUGAUGGAUUUAGAGGUAGUUAUGCGAAGCAACGACUGCCCUUGUAUUGUUCAAUUUUAUGGUGCCAUAUUCAAGGAGGGUGACUGUUGGAUAUGCAUGGAGCUUAUGGACACGUCACUGGACAAGUUCUAUAAAUUUAUAUAUGAGCGUUUACAUGAACGUCUUCCAGAAAACAUGCUUGGAAAAAUAACUGUUGCAACACUAACAGCACUAAACUAUUUAAAGGAGAAGUUGAAAAUAAUCCAUCGUGAUGUGAAGCCAUCUAAUAUUUUAUUGGAUAAGCGCGGCAAUAUCAAGCUCUGUGAUUUUGGCAUUUCUGGUCAGCUUGUGGAUUCCAUCGCCAAGACAAGAGAUGCUGGAUGUAGACCAUAUAUGGCACCAGAACGUAUAGACCCAGCCAGAGCCCGGGGAUAUGAUGUUCGCUCUGAUGUGUGGUCCCUGGGUAUCACCUUGAUGGAGCUGGCCACAGGGAGUUUCCCAUAUCCCAAGUGGAAUUCUGUUUUCGAGCAGCUAACGCAAGUAGUGCAAGGAGAGCCACCACGUCUUUCACCCAACGAGAAUGGCAACACUUUCUCCGAGGAGUUUGUUAGUUUUGUUAAUACAUGCUUAAUAAAAGAUGAAAGCUCACGACCCAAGUAUAAACAGCUCCUCGAGCACGAGUUCGUCGUGCGAUCGAGAGAGGACCCCAUGGACGUGACAGAGUUUGUUAGUGGCAUUCUGGACAAGAUGGCAAACAACGGACGUGUCAUGUAUACUUACGAUUCUUACAACUGCUGAUGAACUUACUGUCAUAGCACUUGUCUCAUCAUUUUUAACUCUGGGACUACGAGUGGAACAGACUUGCUCUGGAGCAAGUUGAAGCAGUGCAGCAUUUAUAUUUUAUAUGUAGGCUGAAUAAUGCCAGCUUUGCAAAGAGAGAGUAAAAAAAAAUGUUUUGAGUUUGAAUGCCAGCUUUUAUAUGGCAUUUACAAGUGGCACUGUGUGGCAGCAACAAUGGUCUGGUUUACUGAUUGACUGUGAUGUGACACCCAGUGUAUGUAAAACAAAGGAGAAGUUUUUUCAGUGAUAAGAUAUGUGUAGAAGUUUCUCAAAAAAAAAAAAAAUGGGUGCAGAUAUGAGCCUUAUACAUAGGUAAGAAAAUGGGAUUACAUUGGGUUAUAAGAGGAGACUCGUGCAGGUAGUUGUGUUGUCGUCGCAGAGUAGUUGGCUGGAAUAGUUUUAGAAGCUGUUACGAAUAGCAUUUCUGAUGCAGAGUUCUCUACUGAAUAAGGGGAAUGGUCACCAGAAGAGGAACCAGCAGAAGUGACUUUUAAAAUCAGAAUUUGCCAUUACCACUGGUACAUUAUUGUAGUGAACCUGAUUGUUCCAUUUUUAAGAAUUAAAAAAAAAAAGAAAAAAGUAACAUAGACUCAAAUUAAUAGUAUCAUAACACUCAUUUAGGUUUUAAAAUAUUUAGAAAGAAGCCUAUUUUAGUGCCAUUGUUAUAUAGUGUGACUAUGAUUAAAAAUGAAAAAAUAUUUAUUUAUGAUAUAGGGUGUUGAAUUGAAGAUCCCUAGGGUGAUUAUAACAGAUUUUUUGGUAAGAAAGAGAACUCCUUCAAAUAGGCUUUGAUUGCUUGGCUGUGGUUCUUGGAGUGUUCCUAAAUGACAUUUGAAACUGCUUGCUUCGUGGUUGCAAAUCAAAAUGCCCAGAUGGAGGUGUCAGAGCCACCUGGUGGAAGGGGAUGUAAGAAAGCUGCAGAAAGUUGCAAAACAGGACACAUUCAUGUGGCACAGCACAUGUGAUUGUUUGUUCACUAUUUCAUAGUUUAAAAGUAUUCAGUGCCAUUAUCAAUGGUAUCAUCAAAAUGUGUAAAUAGAUAUACAUUUUUACAUUCCCAGUGAUAAAAAAAAAACUUUUAAAGAUAACCUCAAGAAAAAAAUCUGUUGUUUUUUGACACUCGCAACAACCACCAGCACCCGAGCUCAGCGAUCAAAGUAAUUUUAGCAAAAGUUCUGUGAUUCUGCCUGCGAGUUGCACCUCACUUGUAUGUAGUAAAGAGGGGGUCCUU